AUGUCGCGUCCCGCGAAUCUCGUCCAUCGUCUCACCGUCCACUCCCCCACCCCGUACCGCGCACGUCCUCGCCGCGCGCAGGAUCCCACCCCGAACACGUGCGUCACCGUGUGUGGCAGCUCUGGGAUCGACGCGUGCACGGAGGCGUGCCAACGCAGCGUCUGCAGCGCCCCGCACUCGGUGCCGUCGUGGAACGAUCAGUGCAACAAGCGGUGCACGCAGGAGUGUCUGCGCGGGCGGACGUGA